UGCUGCUGCUGUGAGCGCCCACACCCAAAACACGAUGAUGGCGCCGAUGCGAGUACUAGCUUGCCUUUCUCUUUGUCUCGUGGUCGUGGAUGGCUACAACGCAAGAGUACCCACCAUGUCAGGCGGGAACGGAGGAACACAACCAAGGGGGCGAUUCAUAGCGAAGGCGGCGUGCGCAGCCGCCUCUCUCACGGGCCUGGUAGUGACAGCACCGUUUAUCGUGGGGAGCGACAGCGCGGACGGAGUGGCUGCCGUGGUGGCGGAGACCGCGAGGAACGUGGCGGUGGCUCCCGCUCUGGCCGAUGAAGAAUUGGGGAGCAAGCCCAGCUACGUCAAGUUCGACGUCCAGCUGUCCGAUGAGGAGUCGGGUUCUUUCGUGGUGGAAGUGCGCCCAGACUGGGCUCCUCUCGGCGCGGCACGCUUCAUCCUCCUGUCGAAGGCGGGUUUCUUCGAGGACUGCCGUUUCUUCCGGGUGCUCAAGGGGUUCGUGGCGCAGUUCGGCAUCAACGGCGACCCGGCCGUGCAGGCCAAGUACAGGGGCGCGGUCAUGCAGGACGACCCCGUCACCCAGUCCAACAAGCGGGGCACCGUGGUGUUCGCGACCUCGGGCAAGAACUCGCGGACCACGCAGCUGUUCAUCAACUUCGGCGACAACACGUUUUUGGACAAGAGCGGGUUCUCGCCAAUUGGCAGAGGCUACGGGGAGGGGGCCCCGCAGGGCAACGGGCCAAACCAGGGCAAGAUCCAGAGCCAGGGUAACGCCUACCUCAAGGGGUCUUUUCCGAAGCUGAGCUACAUCAAGUCCGCGACUUCCGUACCGCGCCCAGCUGAGGGGGACUACUAGAUACUGUUGUUUGACUGCUUUCGCAUAGUUUGCGCGGGGUUUUGAGGUUGUAGUUCGCGAGGAGAUGUGUGCGUGUGCCGUGUCCGAGGGGCGGUUGUUGCAGCUCACACGCCGGACGUGGGUUGCGCUUUUGUUCGAGACACUGGUUGGGCUGAUGGUGAGGUUUUUAGAUACACCUGUGCCAGCGAUGUGUUUCGGGGGUGGGUGUGAUCGCCACUGCAAAGGGUGAGUGUCCUACAGGCGGCAACUUUUUUUUAGGUGUGGUUCGUGUAGUGGUUCCCCAAGACCAAGAAAAAGGCGCGCACAGAAAGGUCGCAAGCCUUUAAGCUGUGGUUGCAUGCUAUUGUCGUGCACCCUGCUGUGGACACUUGAUGUGCACUCCAUGGAUGAGGACUAGAAGGCAAGGCAGGCGAAAAUGAAGGUGCGGACACGGGCCCAACUGGCGCCAAGACCUGGCUUGGCUGCACGCUCACCUCGCGCGCUCCGCCCCAUAAUCUAUGUUUGUCGGUGGCAAGCCCUACGCCAUGCGGUCAUUCGCGUCAGUGACAGUCGGUUGGGUGUUGGCGUACACACGGAUGUCUGUGCACUCGCCGGCGAAUCAUUCUUGUUCCAUUCUUUGUCCAGCCGAGCGACGGGGUAGAACUCUUCUACCGUAGACUGGGCCGUGUGUGUGUAUCAUUGCCCGCGCAACAGCAGUAGUGUCUGCGUGGAUGGGUGUGUGGCGGAGAGAGGUGGUUCCCGCCUACCCAACGUGCCCUACCGACGGCCUUUUUUGCGAGUGCCGUCCGCGCCGUGAACUAACUGGUGGUGGUGUGGCUCUUUGAUCGAAUGUUCUUGGUUUUGGCAAGCUUGGAGUCAGCCCUAGCCAUGGUAGGUCGUUGGCAACGCUCUUUAUUGUGGU